AACAGUCAACACAAGAGAGGGCAGUUCUUACAACAAUCUGAUUGUCUGAUGCGUGCAAGUAACAUAAACUAAGCCUAGAUCUAGAUCUAUGUGUUGACUGUUUGUUACUUGCUAGAUUUCUAGAUUAGAACACAGUGGGUCAGUUCUUUGGCCGCAUUUUAGCCUAGGACCGUUCAGACCUUUGCUUGUAAUUGUUUGUAGUUUGUGCUUUUCAUUGCAUCGAGUUUGAGUAACUUCAGCAAUAAUUUUGAUUGAAUAGUAGGUCGAGAUCUAGAUGUCUAGAUCUAGUUCUAUAUAUAGACCCCUUCCCUCACCUUCUCUGUGCUGUCUGAACUCUCAAUUGAUACUGUCUGUCAGUUGGAUCUAGAUCUAGACUAAAUCUACUAGAACUUAAGAGUACCACCAAGGCCAGCUCUGUUGACGAAGUACUAACGUGGAAAUCAACGUCAUUCAAAGAGUGAUUCCACAGUGAGUCAUGGAUAAAUCUGGUGAGAGUGAAGAAGUGACACAGACGAACGAAGAUCUUGUAGCAGUUCCUGAAGCAGAUGAUGACUCUACAAGAGGAAGUUUUGAUAGUGGAGUGGCAACUGAAGAUAUGAAAGUGGACCUGGAGUCUGAUGGGGUUGUUGAAGCGAUGACUUUGUCCGGAACUGAUGGGCAGGAGGAUUCUCAUCCUCGAAAAAGAAAAAGAGAAGAGGCAUUUAAGGCUGCAGACAAGAGCAAGUGGUCGUACAAACUGAAUGGUCAAGAUAUUGGACUAGCUUUUGAUGAAGCUGCCUUUCAGGUUGCCCGGGAGAACUUGAAAGGAUACCGAUACCAGCUUCAGGCACGACUGGCCAAGCCCCGCCCCCCUCUGCACAUGCAACAGCAGCUGAAGAAGAAGGAGGAUUUGAUUAACACGCUCAGGGAAAGGAUAAAUGAGCUGGAGAAAAUAUUGGAGAGCAAUAAAGACCUCUGUCCGUCUGGUGACGAAGAAAAUGAGGGGAGUUGUGAAAAGAAAACACCCACUCGGGAGCUUCUGCACUUCAUCAAACAGCUAGAGGAGGAGAAUGAGGAGCUGACCUCACAGGUACGGGAACAAGAAAGUAACAAUAAAAGCCUUCGCAAAGACCUCCGGAGACUGGAAGCAGAGUUGUACCGCUGCAAAUGUCAGCUGAUUGAGAACGGGAUCUAUACAGAAGCAGGAGCUGGGAAUCCAAAAGACAAAAGAAUCAAGGAACUUGAAGAAGAGAAUGAAAGACUUCAGUUGGCUUUGUACAAGACUGAAGACAAAGCGGCUGCUCGUGAGCUAGAACUGUGGAAGCAGACGGAGGAUCUGAAGCUGAAACUAAUAGAUGCAGAAAUACAGAACAUGAACGACUGGGCUAAGUACAGGGAAUGGAUGUCUCUCAAACAUGAGGCCUCAAAGAAGAUUGUUGUGGAGCAGAGGUCCAAACCGACCAUUGAUCCUACCGCUUUGCAAAGUCUACAGGACAGCCUGUCUGUGGUGCAGACAUCACAGCAGACGCUGAAGAAACUUGCAGAACUUCUGCCGUUGUCAGUGGAAACACAUGUUAAGGAGACAGGGAGACAGGUGCACCGUGCCCUCCUCGCUGUCGAGUGCAAUAACAAAGAGCUGCAGGCCAAGUACAGCCGCGAGAUGAAACUGCGGAAACGAUUCCACAACCAGCUGGUAGAACUCAGAGGGAACAUCCGUGUGUUUUGCCGUGUUAGGCCGUGGAUAAAGGAGGAUGGUGAUUGCAAGAUAACGGGGUCAUCUGUUCUGACCUUUGACCCAAUGGAUGAUGGGGUCCUCACUGUGGCCAACAAGUCACGGAGUCAGGACUUUGAGCUGGACAAGGUGUUUAACUGUGACGUGUCUCAGCGACAGAUGUUUGAUGAAGUGUCUGACCUCAUCUCUUCCGUGCUGGAUGGCUACAACGUUUGUAUCUUUGCCUAUGGUCAGACCGGCUCUGGGAAGACGCACACCAUGGAGGGCCCGCCAGAGGAUCCAGGAGUGAAUCAACGUGCUCUGAAGUUUUUGUAUGAGGAAGCGAGAGCGUCAGCGUGGCAUUACGACAUCGAAGCCAGUGUCAUGGAAAUUUACAACGAACAGAUUCGGGACCUAUUGAACCCUGACCCCAUCAACAACAAACUCGAGGUCAAACUUCGACCAGAGGGAGGACUGCAUGUCCCAGGUCUGGUCCGUGUGCCUGUCCACUCCCUGGAUGAGGUUAAUGAGAUUUCAGAGCAGGGUCGGCGGAACCGAGCGACCGCAGCAACCAACAUGAACGAACACUCGUCCCGAAGCCACUGUCUGCUGUGUGUGACGGUGACCGGACUUAACUCCGUCACUGGGGACAGAACCUUUGGUCGUCUAAACCUGGUUGACCUGGCUGGCUCGGAGCGAGUCAGCAAAUCGCAGGCGGACGGGGCUCGCCUCAAGGAGGCACAGAACAUCAACAAAUCUUUGUCUAGUCUCGGCGAUGUGAUAAAUGCCCUCAAGAACAAACAUUCCCACGUUCCGUACAGGAACUCCAAACUGACAUAUCUACUCCAGGAGUCUUUAGGCGGAGACAGCAAAACGCUGAUGAUUCUUCAAGUGUCCCCCGCGGAGAAGAAUCUGAGUGAGAGCAUUUGCACUUUGACCUUUGGCCAGCGAGUGAGGUCUGCGGAGCUAGGGGCAGCCACCAAGAGGCUGGAGGAAGGGAACAAGGGCACACCCUCCAGUGCUCGCCGGCCGCCUCAAGACACGCUGGGUACGCCCAGCUCUCAGCAAACUGGAAACCGAACCCCGAACCUGCCACGGUCGGCUACAGGACCAGGCAAACUGAAGUUCAAGUGAAAUUUGACAUAACAUCGGCGAAAAGAAGGAUUCAGAUUGUAAUGUAAACCGCUCUAGACUCUUGCUUUGUGUUCUGUAAGGUAUAGAGAUGGAAAAUGGUGCUGGCAUGGACUUGUGUUGUGUUAAAGUUUUUUUUGGUUUUUGUUCUUUUUACUGAGAAUGUAUUUUUCAAAAUUUGAAAAUGAUGGACACACCUUAUGAAAAAUAAUUGAGAAUAGUUUUCAUCAAAUGUCAAAAAUGAUUUUUCACAAGGGCCUAAUUUUUGUGAAUCCUUUGUGACCUUUCUAGUACAAAAGUGUGGGAGUUGUGAAUUUUUCUGCUCCUUUGUUUUUUCUUUUGGACUUGAAGGAAGCAACAACUUUAAAAAUAGUUCCCUCAAAAUUGUAGACAAAUCUGUGCUGGUCUAUUGAAUGACACACAGGUCAAUGUAAUUAGCUUCAGAAAUUAUGCACUCACUGAAGGAUUCAAUUUUGUGUGAAAUAGUACCAAGUUAUUUGUAUUUCAAAUGUAUUUUUUUUGCCACAAAACUUGAAAGCAAAGUUGUUUGCAGAUUGUUCGCCAUUCUUGUUCAUUUGUUGCAAGCCUUGUCGUCUCAUAAUGCCCUCAUAACCUUUGUUUGUUUGUUUUAAUAAAGGUUUUACGGCGCUCGCAACUGCGUAAGGUCAUAUGAGGGCCAGAUCAUAACCUUUAUUAUCCUGCCGAACCUUUGGCGGGUGCUCUGGUGAAGUUUGCUCCUUCUCUCCUAUCAAACAUCUAUCAUC